AGGCGUGGCCUCGCCCUUGCCGGUGGAAAAGGAGAAGCCAAUGGCGAGCAGGAGGCGGGUUCUAUUCCUCUGCGCUAUCCAAUGGCUACGCGCGAGGCGACUUUGGCGCGUACUUCGGGCUGGCGGGAGAUAGCGUCGCUCAUCUGCUCCCGGUGGUCGUUGCGCGGGGAAAGGGCAGGAGUGUGCGCUGCCGCCGUCGUUACCAUGCUGUGCCGUUCUCUCGUUCGCCGCUGCCAGGCUGGGCCGCAGGGUCUCCCACCAAGGUUUUCCUUAAACCACCUUUUGGAGUGCUAUCAGUGUACUAAAGGAGAUGAACAUGCUUCAUAUGGAGAAGCAGGAAUGCCAGUUCCUCCUUUUGGCUGCAGCUUUUCAACAGCUCCAGAUGUGCAGCAUGUACUUGCCGUUGCAAAUGAAGAAGGAUUUGUUAGGCUCUACGAUACCCAUACACAAAAAAGUAACAAGGGGAUUUUUAGAGAGUGGCAGGCUCACUCAAACGCUGUUUUUGAUCUUGCUUGGGUGCCUGGAGAACAUAAAAUUGUUACCGCUUCAGGAGACCAAACUGCAAAAGUCUGGGAUGUACAGACUAGUGAGCUACUGGGCGUCUGCAAAGGGCACCAGUGCAGCCUCAAGUCGGUUGCUUUCUCUAAAUUUGAAAGGGCUGUGUUCUGUACUGGAGGAAGGGAUGGAAACAUCAUGGUUUGGGACACACGGUGCAAUAAGAAAGAUGGAUUUUACAGGCAGGUGAAGCAAAUAAGUGGGGCCCACAACAUAGUAGACAAGCAGACUCCAUCCAAACUAAAGAAGAAAAAGCAGAAUGUGAGAGGACUCGCUCCCUCAGUGGAUUUUCAGCAGAGUGUGACAGUGGUGCUACUUCAGGAUGAACACACCUUAAUCUCAGCUGGUGCAGUUGAUGGCGUAAUCAAGGUAUGGGACCUGCGCAAGAACUACACCACGUAUCGACAGGAUCCAGUGCCAUCCAGGUCUUUCAGCUACCCUGGGACCAGCACUCGUAAGCUUGGUUAUUCUAGUCUUGUUUUGGACUCGAGUGGUACCAGCCUAUUCGCUAAUUGCACCGAUGACAAUAUAUACAUGUUCAGUAUGUCGACUACAAAGACAACUCCAGGGUCCGUUUUCAGCGGGCAUCAAAAUUCCAGUUUCUAUGUCAAAUCCAGCAUCAGCCCAGAUGACCAGUUCUUGAUUAGCGGCUCAAGUGACCAGAAUGCCUACAUUUGGAAGGUAUCUGAGCCCCAACUUCCUCCCAUGAUGCUCAUUGGCCACUUGCAGGAGGUCACCUCUGUUGCCUGGUGUCCAUCUGACUUCACUAAGAUUUCCACGUGUUCAGACGACAACACCGUCAAGAUUUGGCGCUUAAAGCGAGGAACCGAAGAAGAGAACUGUCUAGACAAAAGCAGCUCAGUGGGUUGGGCCUGCCAGAAGAAAGUGGGAGAACAAAGUAGAGCAGGAACUCAAAGCAGCAGCCAGGGGACUCCUGCUAAAGCCUCUCUGACGGACAGCCCCCCUAUUUCUUCACCACAGCCUGCAGCGUGUGCUCCAGCUUACACCGGAGAUCUUCCUCUUCCCUCCAACACACCAACAUCGUCAUCGGUCAAACCUCCAGCCACACCGGCCUACAUUCCAGCAAGGCAGAAGGAAACCGCUACAGGCACGGUGCCCAAACCAGCUCCUCCUUCAGUUAUGUCCAUUCAGCAGUGGGUUACCAAGACUCCAAAUGCAUCUUCCCAUGUGGAGGGACCAAAAGCCCCAGCAGAGAUUCCUCAGGUCAAUGCCACUUCUGAAUCGCCAUGUCUGAGGCUUGAGACGCGAGCCAAGAGGAGGCUAGACUCCAGCAAGGAAGGACCUGCCAAGUGCCUAAGAACCUGCAACUGUGUGACUGAUCUUCACCCAGUGCCUAAAAAAUCCAGGCCACACCAGGACACUUUGGAAGCAGGCUUGGAAGGGGAAGGUUGCCUGACCCUCAGUGGUCGAGCUCAGGCUGCUGAAAGCCUGGAAGAGGCUUCCCCACCUGGAAAUCCUUGUUCCCCUGCAAUCUUCUCAAACCUUUCGCUUCCUCUCAAGGCCCCUUGUGGGAAAAUGGUUGACAAGGAGAACAGUUCUCCAGACAAAAGAAACUGGCUGUCUGCUUUAGGAGAGAAGCUACGGAAUAACAAGCCUACUUAUCCAAAUGGGUCUGGCUGCAGCUCCCAGUCGUUACGGAAUCUGAGCACGAGGCGACAGGAAGCUGGGACAGGAAUUGUGUCACCAGGGCCUAUCAUAGCUACGUCUGUUCCCAUGAGGAAGAUUUGCACAUAUUUUGAGCGAAAAUUGCAGAAAAACUGAUGAGUAACAUUCUUCAAGACUUUCUGUAAUGAUGUAGCAUACUUGAUGUUACUGUGAGUGGAUUUGUACCACCCAUUGAAAGACACUGUUGUCUUUGGAUCUUAAUAAAAUUAACUUCCUGAUU